GGGCUUACUGACCAUAGAAGGUGCGACGUUAAGUUAAGGCGUCAUGACUAUAAUGCCUUAUUGUUAUUAUGAGGGUCAAAAUGAGAUGCGUAAUCGACGAACUGUGAGCCAGAUAAUUAACGAAUAGUUUUUUAAAAAAAUAUAGUGCGUAGUCGGACACCAAGUGUAUUUGUUCUACGUUGUCUUCCUUCGAGCAUUGUCAGAAUAUUGUGCAGUCUAUGGAAAAUUUAAUGCUUGUUAUUGUAUAAUGUUUUUCACUUAUAAUGUUUUGAAGUUCGCACGGAACACAAUACUUAUUUGUUAAUGCUUAAGAUGCUUUAGCAGAAAUGAACGAAAAUGAAACGAGACCGUGCAACCCUACGCUGCCGGUGGAGUUGGUGGGAGAAGCACAGAAGAUCAAAGGGGAUGCGAUCGGUAGCACUUUGUACAGCCAGUGCUGGGUGCUGAAGGUUUUGAUGAAACUGACGCAGCUGUCCGGCGGGGAAGCGCUGGGCGAGGAGCUGGAGGGGGAACUCUGCCUGCUGUGGGACAUGACCGUGGAGGAGGACGUCGUGUGGUUCCUCGUGCGGAACGACGUGCUGGACAUCAUCGCCUUCAUCCUGCGCAAGGAUCAGGAGCCCAGGCUGAUGGAGAUCCUGGUGGGCAUGCUUGCCAACCUGUGCGUGGUGGAGGGGGCGUGUCGCCGGGCCGUGCGCUCGCCCGCCGUGCGCGAGCUGGCGGCGAGGACGCUCUUCUGCACGGACAGCCUCACGCUGGUCCAGCUCAUGAGGCUGUACACCACCUGCCUCCAGCGGCUCCGUGCGGACGCCGGUCAGGAUGAGCACCGGGAAUCGUCUGUAAACGGCGACUCGGGGCGAGAUUGUUCCGACGCGCAGGUCGGCGACCGCUCGGACGGAGCGGAGGCCGACGAAGAACCGUGCGGCGGCGACGAGCAGUUCCUGGAGAUGCUCGUGAGCAGCGACAGUUGCCGCAAGCAGAUCACCUUCCUGCUGCAGAGCUCCACCAAUGGAGCACUCCUGUCGUCCAUGCUGCACAUGCUUGACGAGUUGUACCUCACCGCCGCUGAAUGCAAGACUGCAGUUCCUUCGAUGUACUCAGCAGAGAUGAUCGCCGCCAUCGUGGAAGCCCUGAAGGAGCUGAAAGCCGGCGUCCCGGUGCACGGAGACGACGAGACGGCGAGGAAGGCCGUCUUCCAGGCGCUGUCCAUCAUAUCCAACUUCGUGGACAGCGAGCAAGGAGUCACCGCGUUGUGCGAGACGGGGGACGCGCUGGCGAGCUACGUCUGUGCGCGCGUCGACCCGGGGCGCCUGUGCGGCCGGCUGUCCCUCGACUCGGCGCAGUUCGUCACGCGGUGCCUGAACGUGUUCGGGUGCGCGUUCGCGUUGCUGGCCUGCCGGGCGGACCUCGCCGGCUGGGCCGUCUCCCUCCUGGGGCACCUCGCGGAGAAAGUGACAGACAAGCAAACAUCAUUGUGUGGUGAAGACGGGUUCGAAGCCAAGGACAAAGAAGAGGAAGAGAGACAUUUCGACAGCGAAGAGCUCAAAUCGGCAGUUGAGAAUUUUUGUGUCUUUGUAGUAAAGUGUUUAUCGGGAGGUUCGGAUAAAGUGAAAUGGCGUGGAAUAGAAGAAACACUUAGAGGAAGGUGUAAGCAAGAACAUUUGGAUUUUCUUGAAUGCGUUCUCCGAAAACAUGGAUUUGAAGACGAGGCUUUUUUUUGCACUGAAAAUACUUGAUGUGAUACUAAGAAAUGUCAUGUGUGAUAAUAUAUUACGAAUAAGAAAUAUCAUUGUUUACAUUAAGGAAAACUUUAUGUCAUAUGUCAGAUGGUAACAUAAUUAUGGUUUUACUUUCUUGUGCGUCUGUUAGAAGGUGUUGUUAUUAUAAUAAAUUUUAUAAAGUAUUUUUUAUUGAAAAGUGUCUACUCGUGAGAUGAAUGUGCUGCUCUUUUUCCAAACUUUCCUUCUAUCUUUGUUAAUGUGAGUUUUCAUGAAAAACUUACCAAUGUGAAUGUAAUAUAAUAAAAUUACAGGUAAAAUGUACUAAAAUAUUAUCACUACAGACCCGGAAAUUUCUUGAGUAGCAAGUCUUAAAAUUUUUGAGUGACUGACACCAAAAUGUUUGGAUAAAUUGAAAAAAUUCUUAAAUAAAAAAUACAUUACUGUGUUUAAAAAGACAUCCAUACUAUUUUAAGGGCCAUGGAAAUUUAUACAAAUUAGUACUUUUAAUAAAAAUAUGUUAAUCCCAUUUAUAUUAUAUUUAUUUUUAUUUGUAACAUGACUAUCAACAGUUACGGCUAGUUAACAUGUUAGACUUACAAAUUAUUUUUAGAUAAGCUAAUUUUACAUUGUAUCAAAUAAAGCAAGAAGGUAUUCACAUCCUUUAAAUAAUGAGUGCACCCUUUGUCUUGUAAAAACCUACCCCAACCCAACAUGUCAGAAUACUGAAAAUUUUAUGCAAGAAGCAUGAUGCAAGUAUUUCUGAUUCUGGCCACC